GAACAAUUCCACCUGAAAAGUUCACAGUUGGUAAAUGUCAAGGCGUAAAAGUGAACUUUGCGCUACCCACUCUUCGUUCGUGGUCCAAUUUAUAGUGCCAAAAAUCCUGCCUAUCAGAAAACGCUUAUACGAUUAUACUUCUAAUUUUUCAUUGACCAAAUAAAAUUACUAGUCAAUUGUCUCCAUGUUUUCUAGAAGUUUACGUUCUGAAACACGCAGCAGAGCCAAAGAAGACCUAAAAAGAGUUCACAAAUCACAUGAACAGGUUCGAAGCUGGGAAAAGAAAUGGGUCGCUGUCAAGGACACUUCAAUGCUUAUUUAUAAAUGGGUACCUUCUCUUAUAAUUGAUAUGGGUCACAGCAAAAAAGGAACAUUCAAUCGUCAGUCAAGUAUAAAUAAUACAUCACAUAUUUCUUCUGGUAUUCUUUCAUCGUAUUCAUGUCAACAACCUGAACAAGAUAAUUCUAACGGUUUAGUGGAUACGAAUUCAGAUAAACCUACGAAUCUGAAAAAUGAAGACCAAGGUCCAACCAAAACACCACAAGAUACAAUUCUGUCGGUUACAGAUGGCAUGUGCUCUCAAAAAACAUCUCAUGUGGAUACAGAAAACAAUAACAGUCAAGAAGCUUCACUUGAUAAAAGCAAUGACAUUAUCAUGUCAUCUGAACAAAAGUCCAAUUCAUUGGAUAAUACUAUUGACGACACUGUUAUUUCAGAACCGAUUUCUGUUAAACCUGAGAUUGAUGAAGAUUCAACCAUUGUUAUUGAAAAUGACAGUAUUGUUAAUAAUAGUAAUAAUAAUGAUGAUCGAAAUGGAGUUUGUUAAGUUAUAUACUUUGUAUUGAUUUUCUGUGUAUAUGUUUUAUUUACUAGUAACAUUUUAUAAUAUAUCUCAAACAAUCAAUGAUCUUUUGUAAAUCUCUUGAUGAAGAAAAAUAGAUGGUAAAUUUUUCGUUUGUCCA